UUUUUAAGUAUUUUUAUUUUCUUAGUCAAUUUCAACAACUUAUAAUUAUUUUUUAUAAAUAACUCUAUAUAUGAUAAUCUUUAUACUUUAUUACUAUUAAAAAAUGAUUUGUUUAAUUUAUGUUCGAAUUAUAAACAUAUGAAAAUUUUAGUCAUUUGGUUCGUAUUUAAAAGUAUAGGUUUUAUAGCAAAAAAAAAUUAAAAAAUGACAUGAUAACUUCUACUCUCUUAAUAGAACUAAUAGUGACCAUCACUAACAAUAGUUGGUAUCUUAACCAACUAGUUACUGCUUUUGUUGUAAUAUUAAUUAAGUGUAAAUUAGAAUCUCCUGAAUGUAGUUCAAUAAUUAAAUUUCCGUUUAAGUACAUUCAGUCGAUGGAACAUUAUUCAUAUUAUGGCCAGCGUGAUGGUCAUUCAAGAGAUUUGUUAUUGGAAAAAGAGCUGGAAUGGCUUGGAAAGGAGGAUCGUGGUAGAAGGUUACGUGUGGACAGACAAACUUUUCAUAAGUUGUUGCUCAAAUUGCAUCCAUUUAUAUCAAAGGCUAAAAAUGGACAGAAAAUAAGUCCAGCUAGAAGACUGACAGUUACACUUAGAUUUCUUGCAACGAGUACUUCCUUGCAAGAAAUUAAAGUUGAUACUCAUAUAUCGCCUCAAAUGUUGGCAAAAAUUAUUGUAGAAACUUGUGAUUGUAUCAUUGAAGCAUUGCAUGAUUACAUAAAAUGCCCUCUAACUGAAGAAGAAUGGCUGCGUAUUUCAAUGACUUUUGAAAGGACUACUCGUUUUCCAUCAUGUCUAGGUGCUGCUUGUGUACGUCACAUAGAACUUCGUAAAGUUUCUAAAGCAGAUACUGAUUAUUUAAAUGAAAGACGUCGUCCUAGUGUUUUAUUGACUGCUGUUGUUGAUUCUAACUACGAAUUUCUUAUAGCAGAUACAAGUCCAAGUGGACAUUUAUCAGAAUCAAACCCUCCAAAUAGGAUAAUUGAAAGAAAUAUUUGUCCAACUACUAUACCAGGCUGUUCAGGUUCUAAUCAACUACCAUAUGUCUUUAUAGCUGAUGACUCAUUUAAAUUACAAGAAAAUUUUAUGGUUCCAUAUAGAACUGUGAGUGAAAAAGGUGGAGAAUCUAAUAAAUUAUUUAAUCGUCAACUAGUCAAAGCAUACCAACGAGCAGCUAAGACACUUGCUAUUAUGGCUUGGAGGUUUGGUGUAUUACAAACUCCUGUUAAUUUAGAUGCUAGAAAAGUGCAAACUAUUGUCAAAGCAUGUUGUUAUUUACAUAAUUUUUUUAAGCGAGAAAGUUUUCAUUAUAUAGAUAAAAACAUGGAAGCUGUUAUUAAAGCUGAUAUGGCACCUAUAGUAUGGGGUCCUAAUGCUACUGUUCUUCCACAUGGUUAUAACUGUGAUAAUGAUCCCCAAUUUGUAAGAGAUAGUUUUGCAAAAUACAUUUUUGCACUAUUAAGAGAUAACAAUUCUUAAAUGACUCUUAACUAAAUAAGAAUUUCACGUGUGAAAAAAUGUUCACACAGAAUGAUAAUAAAAUGUGUAAAUUAUUUUAUAAUUUUGGUAUUGAAAUACCAUUUUACUAGUCUAUUAUUAGAAUGUUAAAAAACAUUUAUUUAAUAUACUUUUGCUUUGGUUCUUUUGUGAAUAUUAAUUAAAUUAUAAAAAAUAUAUUAUCUGUAAAAAUUAUUUCUGUUAUUCAUUUUACUUUUUUAAGUUUGCUCAAAUUAGUAAUUUUCAAUAUUUUUUUAACAGCAUAGUAUGUUGUUAUAGCAUAAUGUGAUGAUUAUUAAACAUUGUGUUUAAUAUGUAUGGUAUUAAAUUAACAGUAUUUAGAUAUGUGAAGAAUUUUGAGUAAUAAUAUUUCCUUAAGAAAAUUUUACACAAUUUUUUCAAUAACUUUAUACUUGAAAUAAAAAGACUUCUUUUGGUACUAAUGAAAUAAUUCCAAAUGAAUUACUAAACUAAGGUUUAAAGUACCUACAACAUUUUAUAACUCUUUAAUAAAAAAUUAAUAUAUUUAAUUAAUUUUUUAAUCAUUGUCUAAAAAUUAUUAUUAAUAAAUAAUAGUUUGUAGUCCCUUAGAGUAUAAAAUGUGAUCAAUAUUAUUUGAUACACAUUUUUCAUUUUACUAAAGUACAAAUAUUUCUUUAAUAUAUUUAAAUUUUGAUUUAAUUAUCAGUAGUGUGCUUAUAGACUUUAAAAAUUUAUUUUUUUACUAAUUAUUUUAAAUAUAUUGUACAAUUAGACUAUACCAA